AUGAAACGUAAAGAUUUGCCCUCAAAACCACCAAAAUUAGAAGUAAGAGACAACAAAGAAGAAAUAAAUAUUACAGCGUGUUCAGCUUCUGACUGUGAGAUCCUCAAACUCUGCCAUGAACUUCCACAAGUCCAUCAAGUUCAAUAUUAGCGCAGAUGAGAUCAAAGUCUACCCGAUCUUCUUUCUUUACUGCAUAUGCCUCCAGCGAUUCCUCAGGUUUCUCCGGCGCUUCCGGUUGCCUUCGGUGCGCUCGCCGAGCGGGAAGUUGCCGUGUUUGGCGAUGUCGCCGCCCGUCGUGUCGUCCUUGAAGUAGACGACGCAAUUCACGGGCGUAAAGAAGCAGCGGCGGUCGUAGCGCGUCGCUCGUUGGAACUGUUCGUUGAGUUUGUCAUCAUUUUCGAGGACAUAGGUCAUUUCGAGCUCCGCCUCGGGCCGACUGAUGUGUCGGGUGUGUCGCGCGUGGAUGGCGGCGUUUGUGAGGGUGGCGAGAAGGAGGAGCAGUACGGUACUGUGCAUUUCGAACAUUGUGAAGGGUGUAGGGCUGAAAAAUUUUUUGAUUAG